CCAAAGUUAAUUAUAGAUGGUACCAGUGAGUAUAGCUUUUCAUGUACAGAUGCAAAGUUACAGAUUUGUAUAUUGCAACAUAACAAUAAUAAUUAUACAGAGGUAGGAACUAUAGCAAAAAAAUUAACUAUGGAUUCAGCAUUAACCAUGGAGGAUAGAAUGAGAAUAAAAUUAAAUUCGACCGAAGCAGAAAAGUUAAGAAAGGAAAGAAAAACAGUAUUUCUUGAUAAUAACAAUAGUAGUAGCAAUAGUAUAAAUAGUGGUUCAAUUAUGGUUAUUAAUGUUAUUUAUUUAUUUUUAUGUACAGGAAACACAGGUAGUAUAAAUAGUAAUACAAACAAUUGUACAGUUAAAAGAAAACCAAAUUUUGUAUCAUUACCCAAACCUUUACCAACAUCGAGUUAUUCAUCAUCCACACAGGUAAUACCUCCACCACCGACAAUACCCUCAUCAGUUGCAAAUAUUUCAACAACAUCAAAAGAUAAAGAGCAAACAGUAAAAGAACCAACUACCCCAAAUCCAAUACCAGCCAUUUUACACACAACACCUACUUCGAAUAAAGAUUCUAUAUUAAAGGAUAUAAAUAUAAGUGGUGGUAGUAGCAAUAGUAGUAGUAGUGGUGGUGGAAGUAAUAAUGGAACACCAUUUUCUCCGCAAUUAAAUUAUUCAUCCUCAACCCCAUCACCUGUUACUUCAUUAUCUCCCGAAUAUCACACACCAAAUCGUUCACCAAACAGUAGCAAAUCAACAUCGUCUCCAAGACCACAACUAAAUAGUAUUAAAGAGCAACAGGAUCAUAAUAAUAGUAAUAUAAAUAGCCAUGGCCAUAAUAGUAAUAAUAAUAGUUCAUCAUCAAAUAAUGCAUCAUUUUUAUCACUAGAAAAAGAUAAUAAGCCAAAAAAGAAAUCGGUUACACCAACCGUACCGCUUGGAUUAAAAGGCGAUGCAUUAGAUAAAUACCUACUUCAUUAUUUACCAUUUGGUAUAACCAACCAAGUAUUAAAGUCAAGAUAUGACCUUGAGCAACCAAAUAAUUAUCCAUAUUUAAAUAAGGUUGGAAUUUUUAAAUCGCCAGGUGUUUGGUGGCUAAAGGAUGAAUUUUUUAUCAAUGUCUCAGUUGAUUUUGAAGACUACAAACCCGAGGAAAGAAAUCAAGUUAAAACUAGAAGAAAAGAAGCCUUAUUAAGAUGUAAAGUAACAGUUCCUGAGCAGCUAACUCAAGUAGAAAAAGAAAAUAAUAGCCAUUCAAAUAAUAAUAAUAAUAAUAAUAAUCAUAAUAAUAGUCAUUAUAAUGAAUUUUCAAAUGGACAACAUAGUAAUAAAUUAAAUCUAAAUAAUUUAAAUGGUCAUUUAGAUAGAGUAAAUGAUUCAAUAUCACCAAGAAAUAAGAAUUAUCAACAAGUAAAUAAAAAACAAAGAAUAAUACCACCCCCAGCAAGUGUUAAAAAUACAAAUAUAAAUAAUAACAAUAAUUGGUUAUCUGUAAAUAGCAAUAAUAGUGUUAAUGAAAACGAUAGUAAUAGUAGUAGAUCAAACUCACCUAUAUUAUCUCCUUCAGGUUCACCAAAUAAGUCAAACGAGCUUUUACCUUGGUCAACUAAAUCAGUUUCGUCAACAUCAUCAACAUCAUCAACAUCAUCAAUAUCAUCAACAUCAUCAACAUCAUCCACUCCAACCUCCAACAAAAAUUCACACCCUCGAUCAAAAUCAUCAAAUGUUCAAGAUAGAGAACAUAAGGAAAGAGAAAGGGAACAUAAGGAAAGAGAACAUAAGGAAAGAGAGCAUAAAGAAAAAGAGCAUAAAGAAAAAGAGCAUAAAGAAAGAGAACAUAAAGAAAGAGAACAUAGAGAAAGAGAACACAAAGAAAGAGAACACAAAGAAAGAGAACAUAAAGAAAGAGAACAUAUAGAAAGAGAGCAUAGGGAAAAUAAAGAAAAAGAACCCAAAGAAAAAGAGCACAAAGAAAAAGAAAAUAAUAGAGAGCAUAACAAAGAAAGAGAUAAUUAUAAAGAAAAAGAACAUAAUAGAGAAACUAAAGAAAGGGGAUCAAAUAAUAGUGAGUUAAAUGAAGUUUUACCAUCACAUAAAAUACCCCUAUCUAGUAAUUCAUCGGUAUCAUCCUCAUCAACAAUAACAAACAACUCCAUUUCGGCACCAAUGAUUAGCAAACCACAUACCACAAUAAUACCAAAAGUUAGUACUGGGUUUCUUAGUAAACUGGACGAUAGGAUUAGUUCAUUAAAUUCGCAACCAAAUCAAGAAUCGAGUAGUAGUACACCAUCAUCAAAUAGCAGACCAAAUAGUGCUAGAGGUAGUGACAAUAGUUUAAAGAGAAAGAUGGAUUCGAUAAGACAAGAUCAAAACGAUAUAUCAUCAAAUACAACUACACCUCCAACCUCAACACCAGUUAAAUCUACAUCCACCUCUACCACAAGCACACCAACACCUUCCUCUGCUAAAUUAACAACGACUACUAUUACCACACCAAUUACAACCAUCCAUGGCCCAAUAGAAUGUGUUAAAGAAAAAGUAUUUAUAAUAAAUAGCGAGGACGAUUUCAAGUUAAUGUUGGAGCUAUCAAAAUCGAAAUAUCAAAGAUAUACUCAAAUACAUAAAUUUAUUACAAUGAACAUUCAAGAUUUUCAAAAGUUACAAAGAGAAAUGGAAACAUGUGAUAAUAAUCAACAAAAGAAAGUUUAUACUGAAAAAAUAUAUGGGUUAUAUGUUGAAAGAAAAGAGGCAAGUUAUAAUAGAUAA